UCCGGGAGGGGAGCCGGGGCCGCGGCCGGGUUGGCGGAGGCGGCGGGAGCCGGGCCCGGCGCGGCGCGGCCUGUGGCUGCGAGGCCCUGCCGGAGCUGGGCGCUGGGAGCGGGACCGCGGCGGUCGUUCGUGGGCUUCGGCGAGGCCUGCGCCGGCCCGCGGCUGGGCCUUGCUUACCUCCGGGCGGCCGGGGGGGCUGCCCGCCCCCUCCGCGGCCAGACCCUGCCCGCCCGGGGCAGCGGCCCAGCUCGCCGGGCCUCGGUCCGCACCCGCCGGCUGGAAACUUCGCCGUGUUUGUGAGGGCAGCCGCCGCUCUGGCUUGACGGGCGAGAAAAUCGACACUGAAUUCAGGGAAACUCCAGACAAGUCCAGGGAGACUGGGGUGUAUACAUCGCUUAUGAGGGAGAGACUUGUUCAAAACACAACUGUUAAGCAUGGGAAAAUCACUUUCUCACUUGCCUAUGCAUGCAUGCAAGGAAGACGGCUAUGAUGGCAACACAGUGUCUGAUAAUAUGAGGAACAGGUUGGUUCACUCGGAGUCGCACAACGAUGACAGCAGAUGUGGAGAUGUAUCGCAGUUUCCCUACGUGGAAUUUACAGGAAGGGACAGUGUCACCUGCCCGACUUGCCAGGGAACAGGAAGGAUUCCACGAGGGCAGGAAAAUCAGCUGGUAGCAUUAAUUCCAUACAGUGAUCAGAGACUGAGGCCAAGAAGAACAAAGCUCUAUGUGACUGCUUCUGUAAUUGUAUGUUUACUACUUUCUGGGCUGGCUGUAUUCUUCUUGUUUCCUCGCUCAAUUGAUGUUGAAUACAUUGGUGUGAAGUCAGUAUAUGUCACUUAUGAACAGGGUAGACAUAUAAUAUAUCUAAAUAUUACGAACACACUAAAUAUAACAAACAACAACUAUUAUUCUGUUGAAGUAGCAAAUAUCACAGCGCAAGUUCAGUUUUCGAAAACAGUUAUUGGCAAAGCACGGCUAAACAACAUCACCAACAUUGGUCCUCUGGAUAUGAAGCAGAUUGACUAUAUGGUGCCCACAGUCAUACAAGAUGAAAUGAGCUACAUGUUUGACUUCUGUACUUUAGCAUCUAUCAAAGUGCAUAACAUAGUAGUGAUGAUGCAAGUGACAGUGACAACGUCUUACUUUGGCCACUCAGAGCAAAUAUCCCAGGAGAGAUACCAGUAUGUGGACUGUGGAGGAAACACAACCUACCAGCUGGGCCAGUCGGAAUAUUUAAAUGUACUUCAGCCUCCGCAAUAAAAGCACCUGUUGGUUAGUGUGGAAUGACUGCUGUUGAUGCUUGCACAGAUCCUUUGAAUAGGACUGGUACUAUGUGAAGGGGGAAGUAUGUGCAUGUAAAGCAUAGCAAACAUGGUGACCUGUUCACUUUAGAUGCAAAGAGGGAAAAGGUGCAAAAUGUAUAUAGAUGCACUUGUUAAAUGUUGUGUUUUCCCCUUCUGUUUGCUUUCUAUUACUGUAAACACUUCUGUCAAGUUGUGUGGUGGGAGGGAGAGGGGGAAUAUCAGAUUCUUGAACUGAAUCAGGACCUUACCUUACAGUGUGGUACAUCAACUUAGAGUAAUUGUGUGUAUGUCUGUGUUUAGGUGAAAUGUGUCACUAAUGAGCAUUUUAGAAAAAUUGGUACUCAAAUUUUAAGUUUAUACUUCAGUUCUUGACAUUUGACUAUUGAAACUGGCAGUAUUACUACUUAAGUAACAACAUUAUUUUGAGGUAUCUGAGUGUAAAACUUCUAUUAGUAAUCCAGUGGCAGUAGUUCUUUAUUUUGGGAUUCUACUUUUUUUGUUUACUAUACAUGAUUAGAGGUGACUUGCAGUCUGUGAAAGCCAGGAAAGCUCUCUUGAAUGACACUAUACUUGAAUGUGCAACUUCUAGAAUCUGGCAUCUUUCAUUCAUAUUCCCUCCUGCUACCUCUGGGAUGUUACAAGGUGAAUGUAUGUUGUUAGUUUUAAAGUUGAACUUAAAACAAAAAACAACCCCCCAGAAUCAUUACUGACAAAGGCAGAAUUCAAGACUGUAGCAAAUGAAUGGGUGAAGACUUUGAUGGUAUCUUCCUGCUUUGUUUUUAGUAAACUUUUGAAGACAGCUGUUAAAAUCGAGAUUGUGCGGUUGGAACUAGGUGGGAAACUGAGCAUGGGUUUGGGCAGCUUGAUGUCAAUUUUCAUCAUUUUUAUUAGUUUAAUGUACUGUGUAUCUAAGCUACUUGUAAGUGUUAAUAUGUUGGGGUGUGCAUAUUUAGCACGCAGGCUCGGUAAGCAACGCAGUAGUUAUCUGAAUCUUCACAGCACUCAGUUCACAUCAAAGUUGUGUAAGGAAGAAUAAAGCAACUCUUGCUGUAAGGGUAAAUGCUGAUGUAAUAGUGAGACUUGGCUUGUUACAAAGCUAUUAAAUAGUUUCAGUAGGAUAUUUUGCACAGUGAGAAAUUCCGGGGAUAUUAUCAAAUGUGGUGAUUUUAAAUUCUGUGUCCAAAUUUGCUUGACUUCUGAAGACCAACUGUUCUAAGGGUUAGGUACUAAACUUUUUUAUUAACUAGAUCAGGAUUGUUUUAUUUCUGAAUUAAGUAAGAUGCAGCUGUAAGAAGGUACUAUUGAGACUGUUGCAUUGUAAUGAAUAUCUUUUUAAAUAGAUUUUGCAGUUUUUAUGCUGCUCAUCUCCUGGAAAUAAGCUAUAAAAAGGAAUUAGCAAUAAACACUAUGGAAAAAGGCUGCUGAGUAACUUCUUCAAUUAACAAUCUCUUAUGUUCCAUUACUUCGGUGAAGGUACAUGUCUAUAUUGCUCUUUCCUUUAUUGGCCUUUUUUAGGUGGACCUAAUUAGGUGAGUGGGGGAAAGAAUAUUGAUGAUACAAGACAGAUUUAAAAGAAAUUAAGUGACCAUACAAAAAAGCCUUCCUGUGCUUGAAUUGCUAUGAGCACUUAUUCUGAAUGUCUGUGAAAAAUUUUGGAACCUGAACUGUUUAGGAAUUGUUGAUAAGAUGAAUAUGUCAGCUUUUAGCUUUGGAGAACUUCUGGAACUGGAAUACUCAGUUCUGACUUACUGUAGUUACAUUCUGAAAAUCAUUCUUGGAUCUGGGCACUUAAAAGUAAGCAUUCUUUAUUACAACUUACAACACAGGGGAAACUAGUUCACAACUGACUAAUCUUCCUAGAGCAUAGAUGAGGCACAGUCCUGUGGCUGCUAAAAUGCAUGCAGAAGCUUACCAGGUAGUCUGAAAAGAUACCAGUGAUAACUGAAGACCAGAGUGGGUAGCUGGCUAGAAGCAGAGGGUUAAACUUUUCUGUGUUAUCUGUUGUAGAAAGAUCUGUUUAUAUUGGAGAGUAGGGAGAGAAUUCUGGUUUAAAUAAUGUCAGAUCUGAAGUCAGCCAGCAAGUGAUACCAGUUUUUUCUUCUAGGCCAAAGUAUUUGCACCUGGAGUGUUGGUUUUGUUUGAGGCUUGUUGUCCCUUUGUUUUAAAGUAGAAAAUGAAAACAGCUCUAGGCGGCAGAUACUAUAUCAAUUUAAACAAAUUUUUCUUCAAAGGAUAAAAGGUAAUCUAAAAUAACUGGAAUGGCACAAUGAUAAAAUUACUCAGUGACAGUAACAAAAGCUGCUUGAACAAGCAGGGAAGCGGGAGGUUACACUGUUACACAGUGUUAAGACUCAAACUGACCUUUGAAAGUUCGGCAGGCAUGUUGAGCAAAAUACAUACUUAAAUGUGUGGAUCUUAUGUUGCAUGAAAUGCAACUGUCUAAUUUAAAAUAAUUCAUAUGAGUGGAAUUAUUCUGUCCAUGUAUGUGGUAAAAGGAGGAAGAUACAAGUCUUAGUGUCUGUCAUCUGGGAUAUCUAACAGACGUAAACUUUAACACCAUCAAAUUACAGUAGAUUUAUGGAA